AUGGUAUCUUCCCUUCCCUCUCAUGGAUCAAUUUUGAAAAAGGGUGAUGCCUUAAACAAAAGAAAGUUGGCCUCUUGGAAACCACCUCUUCUUGGUAAGUUUAAGUUGAACUUUGAUGGUGCCUCUCGUGGAAAUCCUGGUUUGGCUGGGGUAGGUAUGGUGAUUGUUAAUCAUCACACUCAUAUUAUUCAUGCUAGGUGUCAUGCAAUUGGUAUUCAGUCUAAUAAUUUUGUUGAAUUUAAAGCUUUGUCUUUGGGUUUGGAAUUGGCUAUUUCCCUAGGAAUCAAAGACCUCAUUAUUGAAGGGGACUAUUUGGUGAUCAUUCAGAGUGUGUUAAAAAGGAAAUCUCAUUGUUGGCAAUUUCAAUAUCUUCUUGAUCUUAUUCUUCAGCAAUUGGAAUUCUUUGAUUCUUUCUUCAUUACUCAUUGUUUUAGAGAAAUUAAAAGAGUAGCAGAUUUUUUAGCGAAUCUUGCUAUUGACAAUAAUGCUAUUCUUCGUGAUGUAAGCUCUGUUGAAUUUCCUAUUUCAGUUUUGGAACUCUUGCAAUAA